UUUACUUAACAAACUCUCUAACAGUCAUGAACCUUAAAGGAAUGGAAACAUCAAUUCAAUGUCAUUUGAUUCUCCUGUUGCUGCCAGCUUUGACGCUUGUAGUUUUCGUGACUCCGACGACUGGAGAGUCAGCGAACAGAAAUGGUUUAUUCAGAAAAAUCUCUUCUUCAAAAUGCAUAAGUGACCAGAGAAUAACAACUGCAAAAACGGUGUCUGCUAUAGAAUGUUCGAGUUGGUGCAUGUCACAAGACGAAUGCCAGUAUUUUAGCUAUUGUAAAGGUACAUGUCAUAUACAUGGAUUGUGGUACGACAAAGAAAUCGAAGAUUAUGAUUGCAACUGUUCAUUGUAUAUUUCGUUCCCAGAAAACGGUACAAACUGGCAGAGAAUGUUUAAAAUGACCGAAAACUCAUUUACAAGGAGUCUUAUUUAUUUAUACUGUGACAAAUUUCCUAUGGAAAAGGAAAGAAUCCUUCCAGAAUCCCAGUGUGUUAUCCGAGCAUUACUUGGAACCAUAGACACGAUCUGCGCCAGACAAUUCCAAAACAAGUAUCGAGAACAAGAAAACCGCAUUUUUCUUAUCUUUUCUGAUCUGCAAAAAUUUUUUGAUACAGUACCAAGAUCAGCCAUAUGGACGGCCCUUGAUCAAUUCCUUCUCCCUGAUCAUGCAAUGGUAUGA